AUGCUUGCCUCCCGUGUGUUCUCGGCCGCCCGCCGCGCCGCCGGCACGCGCUCCAUCGCGACCGUGAAGCUGCCCGACCUCGCCUACGACUUCGGCGCCCUGGAGCCGUCCAUCUCGGGCCAGAUCAUGGAGAUCCACCACCAGAAGCACCACCAGACGUACGUCAACAACUACAACGCCGCGCUCGAGCAGUAUGCCGAGGCCGAGGCCAAGGGCGACCACGCCAAGCUGCUGAGCCUGCUGCCGGCGCUCAAGUUCAACGGCGGCGGCCACGUGAACCACUCCAUCUUCUGGACCAACCUGGCGCCCGCCAACGAGAACGGCGGCGGCGAGCCCGAGGGCGAGCUGCGCAAAGCCAUCGACCAGGAGUUCGGCAGCUUCGACAACUUCAAGAAGACCAUGGCCGCCAAGUCCGUGGGCGUGCAGGGCUCGGGCUGGGGCUGGCUGGGCUACUCGCCCGAGACCAAGCGCGUGGGUGUCGUCACGACCCCCAACCAGGACCCGUGCAGCACCACGGGCUACGUGCCGCUGCUGGGCAUUGACGUGUGGGAGCACGCCUACUACCUGCAGUACAAGAACGUCCGCCCGGACUACCUGAACGCCAUCUGGGACGUGGUCAACUGGAAGAACGUGGAGGAGCGCUACCUCGUGGCCAAGAAGUAAGAAGGAAGUGAGUUUGGACUACCUACUGCGUGGGAAGAACAGUGAGGAGAAGUACUGCUGGAAAACAGUGAAACGAACAAUGAUUUACGGACUUUU